AUGAAUCUCCGGAUAUUGCACGACGACCAGGACCUUCCUCAAGGCUACACCUGCAGAUGCAAGCCGGAGUUCUUGGACCAAUCUCCUCAUCGUGCUACUCAUCCAGGCCGACUUUGUGUGCCACGUCCGACACCUCCUCCGCCCGAAUGCCGAAUAGAUGGUCCCAAUCAGUGCAAAGCUCACUUGAAUGAGGUCUGCCGUCUUGUGAAUGGCGAACCGAAAUGUGCCUGUCCAAUCAACUAUCAAAGAGACUCCGCCGUAAUCAACGAGUGCGAUUUUCCACAACUUGUUGACUGUCAUCCAUCAGCCGACUGCAUUGACCAACUCGUCGGAUACACAUGUCGCUGCAAGAGUGGUUUUAAGGAUAUUGGAGAUAAACCUGGCAGAAUGUGCAAACCUCGUAAGUUCAACCAUACGAGAAUAUUAUCAUCCAAAAGCUUCCUAAUCGAUUGAGC